CAAAAAUUAAAACCUAGCAGAUGAGCAGUCACGCAAUGGCAUUGCCUUCUAAAAUUUAAAAUUGCCUCUUUCUAUUGCCGCAAAUCCGCAAUGGCGGAGCCUUCUAAAAUCUAAACUGCCGCUCCCUCAGUCCCUUGCUAAACUGCCGCUGCCUAGCUAAAUUGCCGCUGCCUUGUUAAACUGCCAAUCAGCUCGCUGCCUUGCUAAACUGCCGCUCAGCCGCUGCGGUGCCGCACCGUACGUCCAAUCGCCGCUUCAUUUGUAUUUUGAAUAUGAGUUUGGAUAAAUUUGUAAUUCGGACUAAGAGGACUUUAACUCAAGGGGAUAGUUCUUCAAAUGUUCCUAAUCAGUCUAUCUCAAGCGAUGGAAAUGUUAUUGCUUCAAAUGUAAGCAUUGUCCGAGAUGAGUCUAAUGAAAUUAGGGGAGACAAAAGAGCACGGACAGAUAAUACGUGUGAGUGGGAUAUCAUUAGCGAUCCCGCAUUACGAAAGCCAAUCAUUGAAUAUGAUCCUCGAGUAAGAGAUGAUGUGAUGAGAGCGUAUGUUGUUAAAGGUGCUUGUCAACCGUUGUCUCAUGAUUUUCCACGAACUUUAUUUGGGAAAAAAAUGAGAUGUUUUCGAGCAGAGUGGUUUAAAAAUUGGGAAUGGUUGGAAUAUAGUAUUUCUAAAGAUGCUGCAUUUUGCUUUUGGUGUUACCUUUUCCGUGGGGUAGAAGGGAGGAGAUUUGGAGAUGAUGUAUUUGUAAGGACCGGAUUUCGUAAUUGGAAGAAAAGUCUUGAAAAAUUUAGAGACCAUGUAAGAGUUGUAAAUGGUGCACACAAUGAUGCCAGAACACAUUUUUUUGCUUUCAAGAAUCAAAAGCAAAGCAUUCCAAGAAGUCUGGAUUCAGGAAUACAAACAUUGGGUGCUGCAUAUCACACUCGUUUGAAUGCAAGUGUGGAUUGUGCUAGAUUUUUAAUUUCACAAGGGUUGGCUUUUCGUGGGCAUGAUGAGAGAGAAACUUCACUGAAUAGAGGAAAUUUCUUGGAAUUGCUUGAUUGGUAUAGUGCACGCAAUGCUGAUGUUGAGAAAGUGGUGAAAGUUAAUGCACCAUCAAAUCACCAACUUACUAGUCCUAAGAUUCAAAAGGAUAUUAUUAGUUCUUGUGCAUCAGAGACAACAAAAGUCAUAAUUAGUGAUAUUGGUGACAAAUUUUUUUCUUUGUUGAUUGAUGAAGCUCGUGAUAAUUCUGUGAAAGAGCAAAUGACAAUUGUUGUUAGAUUUGUAAACGAUAGCGGAGUUGUUAUGGAGCGAUUCCUUGGAGUUAAACAUGUUGUUGACACUACUGCACUUUCUUUGAAAAGUGGCAUCGAUGAUUUUUUUGCUAAGCAUGGAUUAUCUUUGUCCAAGAUUAGAGGUCAAGGAUAUGAUGGAGCUUCUAAUAUGCGAGGUGAGCUUAAUGGAUUGAAGACUCUAAUCUUGAAUGAAAAUCCACAAACAAGAUAUAUUCGUUGUUUUGCUCACCAAUUGCAAUUAGUUGUUGUGGCCGUUGCACAAAAAAAUAAGUUUGUGAGUGACUUUUUUGAAUAUUUGUCCAUGGUUACUAACAUGGUUGGAUCUUCUUGUAAAAGAAAAGACGAGUUUCGGCAAAAACAACAUGAAGCCAUGGUAGAGAUGCUAGAAAAGGGUGAGCUUACAACUGGGAGAGGAUUGAAUCAAGAAAGUAGUUUAGCUAGGCCGGGAGCUACACGCUGGGGUUCACAUCAUACAACCAUUAUUCGUAUUCUUUCUAUGUGGUCUCCUACUAUUCAAGUUCUUGAUAAUAUAUUUGAUGAUGGAACUGAUCUCAAAUCGAGAGGCACUGCUAGUAGCCUGGUAGAAAAGAUGGAGAGUUAUCAGUUUGUUUUAAUUGCUCACUUGAUGAAAAAGGUAUUGGGAUUGACGAAUAUAUUGUCACAUUUCUUGCAACAAAAAGAUCAAAACAUUCUCGAGGCUGUGAGCUUAGUUAAAAGCACUAAAGCUAAAUUUCAAGAUUUGAGAGAAAGCGGAUGGGAUGAUCUCUUGGAAGAUGUCAAUAGCUUUUGUGUCAAGAACAAAAUUGACAUUCUUAACAUGGAAGAGACAAAUCGUCGUUCUAGACGUGUUCGUCACCCGAUAACAAAUUAUCAUCACUUUCGAGUUGAUAUAUUUUGCCAGGUGAUUGACCAGAUAAGUCUUGAGAUGGAGAAUCGCUUUAGUGAGUCCAACACAGAAUUACUGACUUGUUUAGCAUGUCUUGAUCCUAGAGAUAAGUUCUCUAAUUUCUGUGAGUCAAAGCUACUAAACCUCGCGGAAUUAUAUUCAUGCGAUUUUUCAUUCGUUGAUCGAAUGGAGCUGAAAGAGCAACUCCAGGUGUGGAUAUAUGAAAUGAGAACAAAUGAAUUAUUUUCUGCCGUACAGACUAUUGGUGAAGUUUGUAAAAAGAUGGUUGAGCUUAAAGUUCACAAUUCUUUUCACUUGGUAUAUCGUCUGAUUGAGUUGGCUUUAGUAUUACCAGUUGCAACAGCCACCGUUGAAAGAGCCUUCUCUGUGAUGAAUAUUAUCAAGACAGAUCUUCGCAAUAAGAUGGGAGAUAAUUAUCUUACAGAUUGCUUGGUGUGCUACAUCGAGAGAGAUGUUUUUAGAAGUAUUGAUAAUGAAACUAUUAUGCAACAUUUUCAGAAUAUGAAAACUCGUAGGCUUGAUUUACCAAAGUUGCAGAAAUGAACUAUUUAAUAUGUAAUUAACUACUCCGUAUAAUUUAUGCUAUUGCCUUACUUUUUACCAUCUUUAUUACAUUUGAAAUUUUUAUUAUAGAAUAAGUUUAGUGUCUAGUGUGCCCCUGCUCUGAGAAAUCUCUGGGUCCGCCACUGGUUUCAUAUAUUAAUUAUUACUAGAAACGAUCAACGAACCGAUGGUUAAUCGUUGAUGCUUUCACAAGUAAGUAACUUCGGUUUAUUAAUGCAUGGUCGUGGUUAAUAAACUUAAGAGGGAUUAAUUUUGUUGGUUAAACCAAAACCGUUGUGUUGAGGUUAUCAAUCUCAAUUGAUUUCAUCAAGGAGUUAGAAAGAUUAAAUGCUACUAUUAAAUCGGUAUAAGGCAUUGUUCUAUAUUUGAUUAAUAGUAAGGGUUAUUAAUGAACGGUCGUUGUUAAUAAAUACCCUCGAUGAAGUGGAUAUACUCCCCGAUUGAGUAUUCGAGAGGGAAGAAGUUUUAGAUAUAACAAUGAUCGACUAAAAUAUAUCAACAAGUGGAAAGUAGCAAUGCCAAGUCCUUUUUAUCUUUGAAUUAAAUAUCAUACAAGUCGUUCAUCUUAGGUUUUAAUUAAAUUAAAUCACUCAAUCCAAAUCCCCCCUUUAUUUACUAAGUUUCAUUAAAAGAGAAUUAUUCCUUUCCUUGUGGAUACGAACUCUACUACGCUAUACUACGUAUAAAUGUUAGUAUUGAAAAUUAUUUUGACGCACCGUGACAAAGUGCUCGUCAAUUCUCUUUUAUAUACUUUAAGCCACACGUCUUGUUUUAUACUGUAUUAUUUAUUUUAUUAUUUAUUUAUAAUUUUGUUUCUGUAUGUGUAUAUAUAUAUAUAUAUGUAUAUUUAUAAAAAACUAGAUUAGCUACCAAAAAUUUGAAAAAAAAAACAUUAUUAGGACUCUUUAAAAUGUGACGAACAAAAAUAUUACUUAGUAAUUAAUUGUGUUCAAACUUAUAUCGUAGUAAUUACAUGAAAGUUACUACGAUAUAAACUUUGAAUACGAUUGUAGUCACUAAUAAUUACUAAGUAAUAUUUUUGUCUAUGACUUUUUUAUUAGUAAUAUUUAAGGAAAACCCCCAAAUUUUAGGAAUGUUUGUAUUGUUCUAAAAUGUGAAACAAUAUGGAAUUUGACUAAAUUAGCUACCGUCAAUGUAAACGAAAAAUUUUAACGGAAAAACUCAAUUAAUAUAGAUUAAAUACACAGAGGAUUAAAAUGAUAGAUUUAAUAGUUUAAGGAAAUGUUUCCAUUUUUUAAGUGAUGAGGCAAGAGCCGGGAGGUCUUUCCCUUAGCUUAGGGUUCGAGAUUGUGCCGUCAUCGUGUGACUUUUUCUUUAUCGAAGCAUCCAAGCGCCGACUUGGCCUGCUUCGACGUUUGUGGUAGCGUGAAGGAUGGAGGGUGAGGCUGUUAAGAUGCACAGGGAAGAACGCGAGCACAAAGGGGAACCGGUAGCUAGCCUAGCCGACAAGUACAUGGGACGAGGAGAGUUGCACGAGCUUCGAAUAGGCCAGAUUUAGAUCGACAAUGAAGGAUCAAUUAGAGUGGUACCAAUGAAACGGCCUCCUCUUGAACCACCACCAUGGGUUGUACGAGGUGCUAGAGUCCGUGAAAGUUUUUGUAUUAGUUAUUAUUAUUUUGUCAUUUAGUUUCUUGUUAUCGUAUUUGUUGUUAGGUUUGUCAGUUUAUUUGGGAAUUUAGCCUUUUUAUGUCAUUGGAUAUGUUUGGAUCUAUGGAAACAGGGAUGGCUGCAGUGUCAAGCCCGCAACAUGGUUAGCGAUUCGUGUUGCUCUUUCAGGGGUGACCGUCUCUAAGUCUGAUCAUAGGGUUUACAGUUGUUGGAGUUUAGUUGAUGCCAGCAGUGGCGGAGCCAGAAAAACAGCUCGAGGGGGGGGGGGGGGAUCGAAUAUCAACCUAUAUAUAGAAUGAAUAUGGUGGAUCAUUUUAAAACAAUGCCUGAGUUGAAUAUUUCAUAUGCAGUUUAGAUAAAUAGACACUCAUAGCAAUAAGGUAGAUUGUUUUUUCCUUGUUUCUGAGUCGUGUUACGUAAGUAUUGAGUGAAUUAUACCCUAUUUUUAGAAUUUGGGAAAAUAAUCUAUAAUAUGCAUCAAAUUUUGCUAAUUUUACGUUUAGAUAGUUCUGAUUUUGAAGAAGUCAUAACUUUUUACUCGUAAUGAGUUAGGAGGACCAUAAUAUAUCAAAUCGAAGAUAUUUCAGAGCUCUAUACUAUCAAAUUUUCAGCGGGGUCGGUUGACCACCCUGACCCCCUUGGCUCCGCCUCUAGGUGUCAGAUUUGUUUUUCCUUUGAUUGAUGUAAUGAUCCUGAAACUUUUGAUAUGAAUAGAGACAAGUUUUCGAUUCAAAAAAAAAUAAUUCAAGGAGCAAAAUGAUGUGUUAAUUGUUCACAAAUAAGCAAUAUAAUAAUGCGUUGAGGCGUAAUGUAAGAACUUUGAAAAUAUGGACGGACUAUUUAUAGUGUAUAUAAUAAGCAUGUCAUACUCCUCCGUAUAUAUACGCCUCCUGAUUACAAACCACCGCAUACACCAUAGUAUCCGCAAAUUAUAGCGCACCCGGAUGUACGGUCCUCACCGUACAUCCGGGUAUUUUUGAAAUUAAUUACAAAUCUGGUGGUAAAGAUUAGGAAUGGAGAAGGCUGCUCGGCUCUCGCUGAUGUCUUGGGAAUCGAUGGAGGAGGAUCUACGCACAUCUCUCUUCUCCGCCCACCAUGGCCUUCCACGCACGAAGCAACAACACCAUCGUCAUCUGUCUGCAAUCGCCGUUGCACAGUGUCACGGACUUAUUCAGGAGAGUCGUGACAACAGCCUUCGGAUGGAGGCUGUUGAUUUCGAACCUAAGACGGCGGAUUCGAGCUUCAGUGUCUGGUGCGCAGUCGGAUGAAGUUCGCCCGCCACUGUAGACCACACUUAAUGCUAAAAUGAGUUUUAUGUUAAAUUCAAAUGAGUAUAACGUCCAAAAUGAAUGAGCACACACAAAUGCAUUUUUAAAUUUUUUGAUACUCAUUUCGUAAGUUAUGUAUGCUUAUUUAGUAGUAAUUGUAUGCUUAUUUUAAAAUGCCAUAUCAAUAAUGCAUAUUUUUAAAUUAUUAUACUACAUUAAAUUCGCAUAUUGUUUUUAAUUGAAAUCGAUUAUAGACACAAUUUCAAAAAUCUUUUUCAAACAAAUAAAAAAGUUACAUUAGAAGAUUUGAAGCAGAUUUCACGAUACUCAUUUUUAGGUUUCUAUUACUCAAAAGAAUAAGCAUGAUGCUCACCAAACUUCCAUUAACGCUCAAUCUAGACAAAUUGCUAUUUUUAUCAAAAUUACAAAGUUACUCAAGAUAUAUGGUGCAAGCCGUACACCAGGGUGCAUGUGGUAUACGAACUGCCAUAGUAUCCGUUAAUUAUAAUCUAAUGAUUCCUCUAAUAAUGAAUUAGGUUGGUACAAAAAAACAGUACACGUAACUUUGUGUAUAAUCUGCAUCAAUCUUUGCUGGUUGAUUGGGUUUGAGUUUUCAUGACUCAUCAUGUCCUUCACGGAAGUCUUUCCAAGAAGCUAUAACUGGUGUAACGUAUUUAUCUCAAAAAUAUGAUUUUGGGGCUAUAAAUCUGGAACGUCUCCUGAGUUUUAGACCUCGUCGAUUAGUUUUCUUGAAGGACCGGUGUUCUGUUUGUCUGAAAUGGACUUCUAAAUAAAAUCAUAACUAUUGGCGGGUGCAUUGAAUAUUGAACUGUCACCUAAUUCUUAGAGCUAGGAAAGAAGUGAGGGAAGUUAGAAUUUUGGUUUGUUUCACGAGAAUUUUGUUGGUCACAAGAAAGUUAUCAAAGCAAAAGCUCUGAUUCUCAAAUGCUGCAGUUAUUGUUGCGCCUUAAUAAGUUAUUGCGUAACAGGUGUUUGUGUUUUGUCUGCUUAGAACUAGUAUAUGCUGUGUCAUAACAAACCACAGGGAUAUCUUUCUUCUUCCUUAUUCACACCUAUACUGCAUUCUUGAAAUGGAUCAUUCUAGAGUUGAAGUGGACCUGAAAGAAGGAGUAAAAAUUACCAAGGAUAAGAAUGGAAUUGGUCAAGUUCUGCUUCAUAAUUCCCGAGGAGCAUCAGCCCGAGUAAGCCUUCAUGGAGGACAAGUCCUUUCAUGGAAGACUAACCAUGGUGAUGAACUAUUAUUCACCAGUAGCAAGGCGAUUUUUAAGCCACCAAGAGCUGUGAGAGGUGGAAUUCCUAUUUGUUUCCCACAGUUUGGGAAUCGAGGUUCCCUGGAGGAUCAUGGAUUUGCCAGAAACAGGAUGUGGGUCAUUGAUGAACAUUCUCCACCACUACACCCCAAUGACUCUAGUGGAAAGACAUUUGUUGACUUGCUAUUUAAACCCUCUAAGGAUGAUCUUAAAGUUUGGCCUCAUGGAUUUGAAUUUCGCCUUAGAGUUGCCUUGACGGGUGAUGGCUCACUGGUUUUGAUCUCACGUGUGAGGAAUGUCAACUGCAAGCCGUUUAGUUUCUCAUUCGCCUUCCUCUCCUACUUUUCAGUAUCUGAUAUCAGUGAAGUAAGAUUGGAGGGUGUAGAGACUCUCGAUUAUCUUGACAACCUCCGUGACAGAGAACGCUUCACAGAGCAGGGUGAUGCAUUGACAUUUGAAUCUGAGGUGGACCGAGUUUAUCUAAGUUCUUCAGAUGUGAUUGCUCUCUUUGAUCAUGAGAAGAAGCGGACUAUCUUUAUCAGGAAGCAAGGGCUGCCAGAUGUAGUUGUCUGGAAUCCAUGGGAAAAGAAAUCAAGAACCAUAGUUGAUUUUGGAGAUGAAGAGUACAAACAGAUGGUGUGUGUGAAUGGAGCAGCAAUUGAGAAGCCAAUCGUGUUGAAGCCAGGCGAGGAAUGGACUGGACAUGUGGAGUUAGCCAUUUCAUUUACAAUCUGAUCACCAUCAACUGUUAUUUUGCUUGUAGUUAACCUGUUUUAUCACUUUUUUGUAUCUAUCAUUCCCAUUGAGGUAAUAUUAUGAGUAAAAAUGGGGGUGUCUUUUAGUUAUGUAUCCAUAGAAACUUUUAUGCUUCUUCAGCUG